UGUGCAUCCUCCCCAAUACCUUGGUGGAGAGUGCGGAACGAGACGAAGGCGUGCACAUCAAGUGCCGGCGCAAAGCCGUGGAUCCCCCCAGCCUGGACGCAUGAUGCUUUUGAUGCUGUCUUGACACGCAAACUCGGAGGAACUAUGCACGCGCUGAGAAGGUGUAAGGAGGAGCCGGGUGUAGCCUUUUUCACGUUCAACUAACUGAUAAUCCUCAGCUGUUGCUUAGUGGGAAAGAGUAGCCUAACCCCCGAUAGCUAUCGUAAGCUUGCGCUUUUCAGUGUGUUCCAGACCCGCCUCGGUUCGGAUGCGGACAGAUGUUGGUAGGAGCCCUGUGCAUAUUUUUCAAGUAGUUUGUUGUAUUGUAGCUCAUCCGUGCCCAUGGAGAAAGCUACCCAGCCCCAGCUGCAGCUGUCAAUAUCCAAGGGGACGGAAAGUCCGGCAGAGGAUAUUGUAAAUUUGUCGGACGAGGAGCUUUUGAAGUGGACCAAGGAGGAGUUGGUGCGGCGGCUGCGUAGGUCUGAAGCGGACAAGAUGAGCGUCAUUAUGGACCACGCCAAUCUGAUCCGCGAGGUCAACCGCAGCCUCCAGUUGCAUCUGAACGAGAUUCGGGGGUUGAAGGACGUGAACCAGAAGCUGCAGGAGGACAACCGCGAGCUGCGCGACCUCUGCUGCUUCCUGGACGACGACCGCCAGAAAGGCAAGCGGGUGUCGCGCGAGUGGCAGCGCCUGGGCCGCUACAGCGCCAGCAUCAUGCGCAAGGAGGUGACGCUCUACCUGCAGAAGCUCAAGGAGCUGGAGCAGCGGCAGGAGGAGGUGAUCAAGGAGAACCUGGAGCUCAAGGAGCUGUGUCUGCUGCUGGAGGAGGAGCGGCACGGGGGGGAGAGGGGAGGUGUUGGGGUGACCGGAGUGGGUGGAGGAGGAGGAGGAGGCGUGGGGAGCGGGGGGACAACUGGACCUGGCUGCCGGAGCUCCAUCGAUAGCCAGAGCAGCCUGCUGAUGGUGCCUGGUACGGGGCUCCUGAUGAGGGAUGUUGGCGAUGGGAGCAGCACCUCCAGCGCCGGGAGCGCCGACAGCUCCGACCACCACCUCCACCACCUCCACCUGCACAAGCAGACCCUGCUGGCUGGAGGAGGAGGAGGAGGAGGGAUGAUGGGGAGCAGCAGCAGCAGCCCCGAGCACCUCCACAAGCCCAGGACCUCAGUGGGAGGCGGUGGGGGUGGGGGCUCGGGAGGAGGUGGGGGCGAGGUGUCCAGUCCCGAGCACUUCCCCACGCGCCACCGCAGCACCAGCCUGGACUACCCGUACACCCUGCCCCAGCCUUGCCGCCCGCGCUGCGGCUCCAUCUCCGUGCCCGACCACCGCGUGAUGCGGGGGCUCAGCCCGGAGAAGUACAGCCGCUCGGGCGGCGGCGGCGGUGGCCUCGGCGUGGGCCGCAGGAGCCCCGAGCAGCGGCCCAAGCACGGCGCCCACGACUCCCCUCUCCAGAAACAGCAGCAGCAGUACCACCACCACACCCACCCGCACGCCCACCACCCCCAGCACCACCACCACCACCAGCUGGGCUCCGGCCCCAGCAGCCCCAUGGGCAGUCUGGAGUUCUUCCAGAGGCACCGGGGCAGCGUGGGCAGCAUGGGCAGUGGCUGUGGCAGCCCGGAGCCCAGGCAGGGCUCGCUGCUGGGCACCCCCGAGCACCACAACAAGUGCGGUGGUGGUGGCGUUGGUGGUGGUGGCGGCGGUGGCAGCGGCAGCCCAGAGACGCUGCGGCACCAGUACGGUGUGAGUCCGGAGCACGGCGGCGUAGGGAAGUUCGGCAGCCCCGGCCGAGACGGCGUGCAGCGGAGGCCGACAGGGGACGAAGUCUCGCCCCACCACAGGAGCAUUUACAACGGAAUGAACGCACUGAUAUCGGCCGGCUGCUGCAGCACCAACUGCAGAAAUGUCAAGAUGUGGGACAGUUUUGAUGCCUCCUCUUGACCACGUCUUCACUUGAACGUGUUGGGGUUCAUGUGCUUCAGGACCCCAGGCUGCUGUAUCGAGACAACUCUGCCAACCUCUCUCUCUCUCUCAAUCUCUCUUUCUCUCACUCUCUCUGUCUCUCCUGUCCCUGUGACCCCAUGACCUUUCACCCUGAGGGCCAUACCCAAAGGGCCACGCCCACACGCCUGGCUCUGGCUCUCCUAUUGGUCCGCACACUGCUCUCUAUUGAUGGCUCUCCAAUCAAAUCCCGCCAGGGCCACGAGGCCCCUCUGAUUGAUCUGACUGCCUGCAUAUCAUAUCAUGUGGAGGAAAAGGCAGGACGAACAGACUGAUGUCAUGUUAUGUAGAUGCACAAUGCAGGGCUCAGGCCCAAAGACUGGAGGACAAGCACACUCUGGAGACUAGCACACAAAACACGCACAAAACACUCAUACACACACACACACACACACACACACCCCUACCACUAAUCUCUCUCUAUCUCUCUCAGUAGCUGACCUAACAUAUAGACAUCUUUCUCUCCGUCUGCCCUCCGGUCCCAUCUCACUGAUGACGGGGGUGAGACGGAUGCACAGUGGACAGCUCUCACUCAGGGUUGUGCUAGUACUGUAUACGCUCCGGACCGAUGGACAGACAGACAGACGUCCUGACCAAAGGGAAAAAGGACAGACCAGUCCAGGCAUCUCCCAUUCCACUGCUGGAGGACCCGUACCGUGACCAAGUGUUGGUAUGAUAGAAGCCCGUCUGCGUCUCGUACCACCCCCCCCCCCCCCAUUGGUUUGUUGCCCUUGACCUAUACUAUACUAUAGCAAAGUUGAAUGUUUGUUUUUUUUUUUUUUUUUUUUUAAACCAGUUGACAAGAAAAAGUGACAAGUUGCUUUGUAGCACACUGUGCCUCUUGCAAAGAAAACAACACACAAAAAAGAGAUGCAUUUUGCAACUGACUCAGUGUGUGUGUGUGUGUGUGUGUGUGUGU